ACCCAUUUCAGGUAUUUGAAGAUCCGCUAUUAACUUCAUAGCUGCAGAGUUCAGAAGGCAUUGUCAGUACUUUACAGUCAAAAGUACAGACUAUUUUUAUUCUUGAAAAUCAUCACAAGAUUUUUCUUUAAACAUUUUUUUCCUUUCUAAAUUAACUAUUUUAGCCUGAAUAAUUGUACCGCAGUUUUGUUUAACAUUUUUGCUGUUUUUUUUUCUGAACCAUCACCAUGGCCAACGCCGGACUGCAAAUGCUGGGUUUUAUCCUGGCUUUCAUUGGUUUUGUCGGGCUGAUCGCCUCUGUCGCCCUGCCACAGUGGAAAGCCUCAUCCUACUCUGGGGACAACAUCGUUACUGCCCUGGCCAUCUACGAGGGACUGUGGAUGUCGUGUGCUGCGCAAAGCACCGGGCAGAUUCAAUGCAAGAACUUCGACUCUCUGCUUAAACUUGACUCAACAAUGCAAGCUACCCGCGCACUCAUGAUUGCCAGCAUUUUCUUCUCGGGUAUGGCUAUUUUGGUCGCAUCUUUGGGGAUGAAGUGCACCACUUGUUUUGCAGAGGACAAACAAAAGAAGAACCGCAUUGCCACAAUCGGAGGAGGAAUCUUCAUUUUUGGAGGUCUAUUGGCUUUGAUAGCUACUUCCUGGUAUGGCAACAGGAUCGCAAAGGACUUUAACAACCCAUUUACUCCAACUAACAGCAGAUACGAGUUUGGCUCAGCUUUGUUUUUGGGCUGGGGAGCUGCUGGCCUGUGUAUUAUAGGAGGCGCCUUCCUCUGCUCUUCAUGUUCUCACGGAGCAGGCAUGUCAGGCCCACCCAAGCAAUACCCAAAAUCUAGAGCAGCACCCGCUGGUGGCAAGGAUUAUGUAUAACACCAAAGCACCUUUAUAAAAAGAAGAUGCUUGUGUAAUGUGUUGUCUACUGUGAUGACAGGAAAAUGUGACUUGACCAGCUGCUGACAAAAAGACUGAAGACUCACAAUCUUACAGCAGCACCAGAAUUAUUCUAAUUUUUUAUAUAACAAAGACUUGUGCUAGUUUUUAUAUUUCCUCAGAUGUUCUUUUUUGAACUUUUUAUGUUUCUUUGUAUAUACUGUUAUUUUUUUAAUGCUUGUAUAAUGGUAUGUUCUAUAAAAAGUGAACUUCUGGCACUGGAUGUGCCCACCAGCUUGGAGGGAGAGACCAAUAUUAGGUUCAGGUUUCCUCACCAAAUGUUUUUUUGUUUGUGCAUUAGUCAUGGUCAUGGGGGUAAAAUGUACUAGAAAGCUAUCAUUCCAUACAAAACCUAGUUUGCUGCAGACUAUUUUUGGUUUUGUUUUGUAUAUAACACUUCAUUGUCAGAACCCUCUUACCAUAAAUAGAUCUAAUGGCUUUGCUCAAAACAGUGUUAUAUACUGAAUUUUAUAGUUUCUGUACUUAAUGUGCUUUUCUCUUUAGGCAGCCCCCGGAUGUGACCUGAUCAGAUAUCUGAAUUCUUCAUUUUUAAUCCAAACAACUGAAUAAAUGGUACCGUUUGCAAAACAUAGAAUAUUCUAAUGCGGUGGGCUGGCGCCCUGCCUGGGGUUUGUUUCCUGCCUUUCGCCCUGUGUUGGCUGGGAUUGGCUCCAGCAGGCUCCCGUGAACCUGUAGUUAGGAUAUAAUGGGUUGGAUAAUGGAUGGAUGGAUGGAUAGAAUAUUCUAGUUGUAAAGAAAUCUAUACUCUAGAAGCACCUACUGAAAUUAACACAUUUAGAAGAAUGAUUUCAUAGAAAGAUCUUUAUACUUUGAAUAUAGAAACAUUAAAAAGAAACUGCCUGCAACUUCAUGGCCUCCAUGCAGCAGUCUGAUAGGCUCUGCACUGAAGCAAAUUCAGGCUGAUGAGAGGGGCUUUUACAUCUUUUUUUAUGGUCUUGCAGGGCAGAUUCAUAUAAACAACUGUGGUUCAGUAUACAUUAGCAAGGGGGGAACAAGUCCAUUGUGCUUAAUGUAGAGGUUAUUUAGGUUUUGAGGGUGGUAUUCUACAUACUGCAUGACAUACACUUCGAAAUCCUUUGUCUGUGUCAUCCUUUUUAAAGCAUCUUCCAAAGAACAAGUGUGCACUUUUAACCAGGUCUUAGAUUAUUCACAGUGGCACUAUAUUGAAAAAUCUUAAGCAUACGUAAAUGAACUUUACUGAGAUGAUGCAAUUUCUUUUAAGAGUAGAGCCUAAUGCUGUGCCAGCUCUGACCAAGAUUCACAUUUCUCCAGAAAUAGUAAUGGUUCUCUUCACAAGUGUCAUUGUAUCCCAUGGUUCACUGUUUGCUGGACCUUUUGUGCCAUUCUAGUAGGAGGCCUUCAAAAUGCUUUACCAUGUCAGGUCUCAUGACUGCACUGGCCACGUUAUGGGACUGAGCUGGGCAAGGUGGUCUCUUAACAAUAAGCAGAAGGCAUCAAGAACCUUCCAUAGCUGUAUGCAGAUCAAAGAGAAGUCUUAUUUCAUUGUAUCGUAUGCCCAGUGCUUGUAAUUACAAAAUCCACUGCUGUAGGUUCAAUCUGUUUUUGUGCAGUUGGUGCGGGAUUGGUGUUUUUAGAUUUUUUUUUGGUUGAGAUGCAUAUUGUGAUACAAUUCCCAAGACACGAACUAUGCCACUAGUGGCUGAGUUUACCAUAAUCUACCACAGCCACAUGUGUCACUAUGGGAUAAAUAUGGUAUUAUAUUGAUGUAUAUAUAUAUACAGAUUUUAAUGCUUUUCAUUUGUACACAUUAUUAGCCUGCAGAAUUUCUAAAAAAGACUUAAGGCCAACUACUGAAUUUAAAUGUUAUCUUAAAAUUUAACUCCAUAUUUCCUGAAACUUUUUGUAAAUCAGUGAUGAUCUCCAGUCAUCUUACUAACACCUCUCAACAAGUCUUUAGCAAUCUUCAUGCGUCCUGCUAAACAUGUCAGUUUGAUUAGCAGCAUUUUAGAGUAAUGGUUGUCUUGAUUAAAAGGGGGUUAAUCGAGCCUUGGUGAGCUCUCAAGUAUGAAUCAGAUCUCCUUAACAAUAGCAUGUGUAAUUAAAAUGGCAAUGCUUUAGAAGUGAUACUGCACUGCAAAAAUAGUAAGCUGACCAGCAGAAAACCACUGCAGUUCAGGAGGAGACUUUAUUCGUUUAAUUUUUACAUAUUAGACUGUUGCUGUAUAUCCUGAAUUCUAAAUCAGUGACAGUGUUGUACUUUUACAAUUGUUACUUCAUUUGUUAAAGAAGAAAAUGCGAAAAAGUUUUGUAUAUAUGUUACUUGAUGUGAAAGGUUUUUUUGUAUCAAAGUUCCUUUUAGAGGCAAAAUAAAAUACCUAGACAUAUUUUACAUGAA